CAAAAAGUACGAUGCCACGCAAGCCAGUGCCGCCGCGGAACUUUACCCAUCGCCAUGCCCGCAAGACGGUUGAGAUCAGCUUUGAAGAGUACACGCACAACAAGAACGAAAUUCUCGGCAAGAUCUACCGACGAUUGUUUUGGCUCGCGUGUCUGGCCACGACGUUUGGCUUGAUUGAACUCGUGGUGUACAUUGUCAUUACGGCAAUGUACACGACAACGGUAGAGUUCCGUCGACCUGUCUUGGGCGUAGCGCUCAAGUCGGUGUACUUGGUCUACUGGGGCAUGUCUGCGGUGUUGUGCGCGCACGGAUUUCACUUGCACCUGAAGUGGCGUCAUUUCCUCAAGGACGGCACGCAUUUGGUGAUGCACUGUCGCUUGUUUGAAGUGCUGGGUCUGGGUUGGUUCUUUGCAGCGUCGUGGCUACUUGGUGGCAUCUUUCACGUGUUUGGGUUUGUUGACGUGAGCAUCAUUGGCGCCAACAUGCAGAACAUCUUGUAUGCUGUGGCCAUUUCCACGUUGCUCCUGCAAUUGGUCUUGUGCCCUUGGUUUUUCAAAACCAUUCACUCGAAAACCACGCAAAUCGACGACAUUUACUGCGCGGAAUUCCUGGGCAAAACCAAAAUCAAACACAUCAACGUCGAGCCUCUGACCGACUUGAACGACAUUCCUUCCGACAGUGAACACGACGUGAACGAUAUCCAUGUCGACAAUGGCAGCAGCAGCAGCAGCGAAGGGGGCGCUUCCGAGUCUAGCCACCACGUGCGUAGUCGGCAUGACGUCACUAUGACAAACACGUGUAGGACGACGACUCGAACGAAAGCCAUGGGGAUGCAGAGGUCCUCCGCGGCCCCGCGGCCGUGCAGUUUACCAUUGACCCCAAGAAAACGCUGCAGAAAAGUGCGUUCUGGGACCUGUGGAAGUCCACAGAAGUCGCUGGGUCGUUCUCGUGCACGUUUCAUAACAAACCGCCGACGCUGGCCGAAGUGACCAAGCACUUGAACGCCCGGGGGUUCCACGUCGUAUCGUCCAACACGAGCAAAGACGUGGUCGAAGUCUUUUUGUACGCGCACAGUCAAGCGGACGACAGCGUGCCAUUUUUGGCAGAAUUCAUCUUUGUCUACCCCCGGCGAUACUUUCAAACGACGUUCAAAUGCGCGAGCAAAGACGUGGCGGGGGAAUUUGUCAAGCAAUUUCAGCUACAUCAACUCAUGGACACGGACGACUAGUAACACCACGUAACGUUAGCUAGUCGAUCGAUUACUUCGUGGAAUUGCCAUGACAUGGGCAUAACUUUCAACGGCAUACUAAUCAAAACUACUACUUCUACA